AACGUGGCUUUCGAGGUUUGACAUGGCAUGGGCUAACGCCCAAAUUUCAAAGGACUCCACUAUUCCACUAUUUAAUAGAUCAGUCAGUGAGGCUUAGAACAUGAACCACCGUGACCGAGAGAGAACAACAUUGAGUUCCAACUUUUAGAGACAGAAACCAAGAAAGAGAGUGAGAGAGAUCGAAGAACUAAAGAAAAGUUAGGGUUUUUAUACUUCAUCUGAAGCUUGAACAAGGUUUCAGAGAUGGGAUCUAAUGAGCCAGAUGGAGCUGUACCUACAGACUUGCCCCCACCACCACCACUCCCUUCUGAUGUAGUACCACUACGAGUGGAUGGUGGAGUUGCUGAAAUAGUUCCAAAGGUUUCUAAACCAAAACGUGUCCCCAUGGCCAGGAAGGGCCUUGGAAACAAGGGACAGAAGAUACAGCUGCUCACCAAUCACUUUAAAGUUGCCGUCUCAAAUUUGGAGGGCUACUUCUACCACUACUGUGUUACCCUGUUUUACGAAGAUGGGCGACCUGUGGAUGGUAAAGGCAUUGGUAGGAAAGUGAUAGAUCGAGUGAAAGAGACCUAUGAUACCGAGUUGGCUGGGAAGCAUUUUUCUUAUGAUGGGGAAAAGAGUCUAUUUACUGUGGGUCCCCUUCCAAGUAACAAACUUGAGUUCACUGUUGUGCUUGAAGAGGCCUCAUCAAACAGAACUGCUGCUAAUGGGAAUGGGAAUGCGAACGGGAGCCCUGGUGGCGAAGGCAGUCCAAAUGAAACAGAUAGAAAGAGGUCUAGGCGUCCUUACCAGACAAAGAGUUUCAAGGUAGAGAUAAGUUUUGCUGCCAAGAUCCCCAUGCAGGCCAUAGCAAAUGCAUUACGUGGUCAAGAGACCGAGAACUCACAAGAAGCUCUCAGAGUUCUAGAUAUAGUCUUACGACAGCAUGCAGCAAGACAGGGUUGUCUACUUGUCCGUCAGUCUUUCUUCCACAAUGAGCCACGGAACUUUGUUGAUUUGGGUGGUGGAGUCCUUGGAUGUAGAGGGUUUCAUUCCAGUUUUAGGACCACUCAAGGUGGAUUAUCUCUGAAUAUUGAUGUAUCCACUACCAUGAUAAUAAGGCCAGGACCUGUAAUUGAUUUUUUAUUGGGCAACCAAAAUGUGAAUCAUCCAAACCAAAUUAACUGGGACAAGGCUAAGCGAACCCUUAAAAAUCUAAGGGUCAAGGUUAGCCCCUCAAAUUCAGAGUAUAAGAUCACUGGACUGAGUGAGUUGCCUUGUCGUCAACAAAUGUUUUCGAUGAAGUCGAAGGGUGCAGAUGCAGAUGGUGGAACUGUCGAACUUACAGUGUAUGAUUAUUUUGUUAACCAUCGGCAUACUGAGCUAGAGUACUCUGCUGAUUACCCAUGCAUCAAUGUUGGGAAGCCGAAAAGGCCGACAUAUAUCCCAGUUGAGCUUUGUUCAUUGGUAUCUUUGCAACGCUACACUAAGGCACUGUCUACUCUUCAAAGAUCUUCGCUUGUGGAAAAAUCAAGGCAAAAACCCCAGGAGCGAAUGCAAGCUUUGAGUAAUGUGUUGAAAAUCAGCAACUAUGAUAAUGAUCCAAUGCUAAAAUCUAGUGGUGUUACAAUUUGCAGUCAGUUUACUCAAAUUGAAGGGCGUGUUCUUAUGGCUCCCAAGUUGAAGGUGGGAAAUGGUGAAGAUUUCUGUCCACGUAAUGGGAGAUGGAAUUUCAAUAAUAAGAAACUAGUGGAACCAACCAAGAUUGGGAAAUGGGCUGUUGUCUGUUUCUCUGCUAGAUGUAAUAUCCCUAGUCUUCUUCAAAACCUAACCAGAUGCGGUCAGCAAAAAGGAAUUGCCAUUGAUGAGCCAUUUGAUGUCUUCGAAGAGAAUCCCCAGCACAGACGCAGCCCAGCUAAUGUCCGUGUAGAUAAUAUGUUUGCUCAAAUGAAAGCAAAACUUCCUGGGGCCCCUCAAUUUCUUCUCUGUAUUCUAGCAGAGAGGAAAAAUUCAGAUGUCUAUGGACCAUGGAAAAGGAAAUGCUUGACAGAAUUUGGAGUCGUUACUCAGUGUAUUGCACCAACUAAAGUAAACGACCAGUAUGUUACAAAUGUGCUGUUGAAGAUCAACGCCAAACUUGGUGGUAUGAAUUCAUAUUUGUCUAUUGAACGCUCUCCCGCUAGCAUUGUCGGCAAGGCUCCCACCAUUAUCCUUGGCAUGGAUGUAUCGCACGGGUCUCCUGGCCAAUCUGAUGUACCAUCUAUAGCUGCAGUGGUUAGCUCCAGGGAAUGGCCUUUGAUCUCGAAGUAUAGAGCCUCAGUGAGGACCCAGUCUCCGAAAGUUGAAAUGAUUGAUUCUUUGUUCAAGAAAGUGUCAGAUACAGUGGAUGAAGGCAUUGUUAGGGAGCUGCUUCUGGACUUCUAUACGAGUUCGCGUAAACAAAAGCCUGACCAAAUAAUAAUUUUCAGGGAUGGGGUCAGUGAGUCGCAGUUCAACCAAGUGUUGAACAUUGAGUUAGACCAAAUCAUAGAGGCCUGCAAGUUUCUUGAUGACAAAUGGAACCCAAAGUUUACAGUGAUCAUUGCACAGAAAAAUCAUCACACUAAGUUCUUUCAGAGUGGAUCUCCUGAUAAUGUUCCACCUGGUACAAUUAUUGACAAACAGAUAUGUCAUCCCCGCAACAAUGAUUUCUACAUAUGUUCACAUGCUGGAAUGAUUGGAACCACUCGUCCCACUCAUUAUCAUGUUCUGAUGGAUGAGAUUGGGUUUACGGCUGAUGACAUGCAGGAGUUGGUGCACUCACUAUCCUAUGUGUACCAAAGAAGCACUACUGCGAUAUCUGUUGUUGCCCCUGUGUGCUAUGCACAUCUUGCUGCAGCUCAGAUGCAACAGUUUCUCAAGUUUGAAGAUAUGUCUGAAUCCUCAUCAAGCCAUGGUGGGGUAACAUCUGCCACUGGAGUUCCUGUGCCUGAACUUCCCAAGCUUCAUGCUAACGUGAGCAGCUCCAUGUUCUUCUGUUGAGAAGUGAGCUGCUGAUACUUUUGUAAAUGGUCAAAGUGUUUUUGAGAACAUAGACCUUUCUUUUGGAAGGGGUGUACAUAAAGCUGUGACUGUUACUUGUGCAGCAGCCUAUUUUGGUUGUAGGUUAUGACUGUUUUAGGGACGGGUAAACCUUAUUAGGUCUUUUGUUUGUUCUGGAGGUGCUGUUACAGCUAUCACAGCUCUCUUUUUUGGCUAGUUAGGUGCUGUUACAGGCUAACAGCCUUCUCUUCGGACUAGUUGUCUGUUUCUCUUUUUUCUGGUAUCAUCUACUUGCGGAAAACUUGGAAUACUGGUUUUAUCAAUGCUAUAUAUCCUACUGUUCUUUAUGUUUCUUUA